AGCAUGUUUGCUGCUAAGCGAUUUUUCACUAUUGCCACUUUAGCGGAAGAACUUAAAAUGCUAAAUAUCAUUCCUGAAGAAACAUCUGAGAAGGCAGUAUGACGAAUCCUCCAUAACAUGGGUUUCCAGUACAAAACAUCCCAGCGGAAAAUGUACCUGAGGAAAGAAACUUUGGACGUUGUUUGCCGCCGAGUUGAUGCUCUACGAUCCCUCCAGCAACAUCGUGAUGAAGGAAGAGAAGUAGUGUAUGUCGAUGAGACGUGGUUUACGACGAGAAUGCAACAUAGCAAGGAGUGGGUGGACACCUCUCAAUCUGUCACCAGUGCCACCUACAGCCGGCAGGUGCCACCAGGAGAAGGAGAGAGGUUUGUGGUGGUAGCAGGUGGUACACCUAAAGGUUUUGCAGAAAAUUCAUUUUUAUGCUUCCCUGCGAAAAAUAAAACCGGCGACUACCAUGGAGAAAUGAAUUCAGAGAUAUUUAUUCGGUGGCUAACAUCACAGCUCCUGCCGUCGCUUGAGGAUCCUUCGGUGCUGGUGCUAGACAACGCCCCAUACCAUAGCCAAUUGACAGGAGAUAGCCGAUGCCCAACAACAGCUACAAAAAAGGAGGAUUUGGUUUACUGGCUCAGGUCUCGAAAAAUACAGUAUCCAGCUCACGCAACACGCCCUGAGCUUCUAAAGAUAUGCAGGGGCAACCGGCCGAAACCAGUUUACAUUGUGGAUAAUAUAAUCCGUGAAUGGGGCCAUGAAGUGGUUCGCUUGCCCCCUGCCCAUCCUGAGCUCAACGCCAUCGAGCAGGUGUGGGGCUGUAUGAAACGACAGGUGCGCUCCUCGUUGCAGCGGUUUAGCCGUGCUGAUCUCUUUGCCAGGCUUGAAGAAAGUAAACAAGUUACAAAGUGA